UGCUACGGCUAUUGAAGGAUGGUGCUGACCCUCAUACGCUUGUUUCCUCAGGAGGCUCCUUGCUCCAUCUGUGUGCCCGCUAUGAUAAUGCCUUUGCUGCAGAAAUCCUAAUUGACAGAGGAGUAAAUGUUAAUCAUCAAGAUGAGGAUUUUUGGACAUCAAUGCAUGUAGCCUGUGCAUGUGAUAAUCCUGAUAUUGUCCUGCUACUGCUACUAGCUGGAGCAAAUGUGCUGCUGCAAGAUGUUAACGGAAACAUUGCACUUGAUUAUGCCAUAGAAGGGACUGAAUCUAGCAGCAUCCUUCUGAUGUACUUGGAAGAGAAUG